CAAGACUCCUAGUCCACGAAGUUACCUCAUCAAUUUAUUCACAAAGACUUGUAGUUAUAUGAUCACGCGUCUAUGGUUUAUUACACACACACGUGACACGCCACAAGAAGAGUCUCUCGUUCGUUCUUCAAUCACUUGUUAAUACUUUUUGUUGGAGGAUGUUGACUCAAUCUGUGUAUAGAGUUUGCGAAUAUAUCACCGUUUCUAUUUUGAUUACCUCCGUCGCCGUCUUUUCUGAAAGAUUCGCCACUUUGAUCGUCACAAGUCCAUGGCGUCGCCACCGCACAUUCACGUUCCGUCGGUGGAGAGCGGCGGAAAACGAUGAUUCGUCUCCACCUUUCUGCGCCGUGUGUCUACAAGAGGCGGAGGAAGGAGAGAAGAUGAGGCGAUUGACGAUUUGCCGUCACUGUUUCCACGCGGAUUGCAUAGAUACAUGGCUCAGUGAAAUGUCCAAGUGUCCGUUGUGUAGAGCUCAGAUUCCUCCGUUACCGCCGGCAAGUCCUAUGCUCUUACUGUUUUUUCCGGCGGGUGUGAUUGAUUUAUUCAGCAAGAAAGAAUCUCGACGCGUAGCUCUCUAACUUCGAAUUCUCUCUGUUUCUUAAUUCUCUGUUUAUUUACCUUAAAGUUAAUGGGCCUUCAUGUGAUAUCUGACUGUUUCACUUAUACAAAGGCAGGCCCAAGAUCUUAUACGUAACGUAAUAAUCAGUGUGUGUGAUAUGUUUAUCUGUUAUCCACAUUAAUUGCAUAGACUACUAAAUAUAUGCAUUUAAGAUUACAGUGUAUUCAGAUGUACUAUAUUCUUAAAUUCAUAGGAUAAGUAAUCUAUGCAAUGAACGUUGACAAUUCACAGACUUUAGCAUUUGAAUUGAGGUGGGGUCUUUUUCUAAUGUACUUUUUUGCAUUUUUCCAAAGUUAAGAAAAAGGCAAGUUGAUGACGCAGCUAAACAUAUAUGAAGAAAAAGGACCGAAACAGCCAAGAAACUCACGUGGAAAUCACUAACAUAUGUGUACAUGACAAGACAUAAUUCAUACAAAAUUUAAUAAUAUUUUUGUUUGUCAAUUUAACACAUAUAUAUCAGAUAUUUAUUUUAAGAUGAUGACUCAACUCU